AGGCGGAAAAUCGAAAGGCGGAAUCACGAAAAGCAGAAUUACGAAAGACAGAUUAUUUCAUAUGGCAGAAUCACGAAUGGCCGAAUCACCAAGAGCACGAAAGGCAGAAUCACAAAUGGCAGAGUCAAGAAAGGCACGAAAAGCAGAAUCACAGGAGGCAAUGUCACGAGUUGCGCGAAAGGUGGAAUACAACUACAGGUUGGUAGAAUCUUCACGGCGAAAGAAAAUGUUCGAUGCCAAAAUCAUAGCAGACCAAAUCAACAAAAUCUGAAAAAAAAUUUUCAAUAGCGAGUGAUAUCACAAUGGAGUCGCACGAAGAACAAAACUCUAGUGAUCAUUGCAGUUGCUCUGAGGAAACCCAACCGGUAUUUUCCAAGGACAGCAAUCAACAGCUCGACUAUUACCAGCAAGACACCAGCCCCAAAGUUUUACCCGAAGCGAGUAUUGUGUAUUCUCAUAAAAAUAAGGAAAUGCUCAACAUUGAAGGCUAUCUUUACAAUCUAGAUAAAAAGAAAAACCAGCGAUACUAUUGGGAUUGUGCAAGAAGGAGUCACAGAAAACAAAGUACCUGCAGUUGUCGUGCGAGAGCCAUCACGUUUUUGCGUGAAAACACACAUGAGGAUAGGAAACCAUGACUACCCUGCAAAUCCGAUCGAUUGCCGGGAAAAUCAACAUCGUUACGCUUUUAAGCGUAGAGCAAUAGAUUGCAGUGAUGUGAUGUACUAACUCAAAAAAUGAUGAUUCUUAGAAAGCGUGCACCAACUGCUGAUAGCCUGCGUUUAUUGGUUGAUGGAGGAAAUAUACACAUCCCUAAAGAACUUCAAACAACUUUAACAGGGCAACCUUUACUGAUGAAAAAUGUAAACAACGAUGAUAUCAAGCUUUUAAUGUUUUCCACUACGCAAAACCUGGAAUUACUAUCUAAUGCUGAUUACUGGAUGUGUGAUGGAACAUUCAAAACAGCACCAACUGGUUUUAGCCAGAUGUAUACAUUCCACGGGCUUGGAGAUCGAAGUAAACCAUGGACGCGAACGGAUGGAUUUUUUCCUGUCAGUUUGGAUAUUGAAAACUUUUUCGGAAAAAAGUGAUA